AUGGAUAAAGAUGUUAAAGCUGCUCUUUAAAAAAACAAAGAAGUUGUCAAAAAAGUAUUAGAGAUUUAUAAAAAAGAUGAAGACUUAAAUGUUUCUUCUAGUGGAUUUACUAUUGAUUCUUCUAGUUAUAUUACUUAAAUGAAUGAAGAAACUGGAUAAAAUGAAAGAGUUUAAUGA